GAUGCAGCAUCCGGUACUCUAUGUCAAACUCAAGUCUGAGUGCUCAAGCGCUAAACAAGCGCCCCUUGGCCCCGGCCCCAUGCAUGUCACCUACAAUAAUAAAUAUACCCAACAAUGGAGGGCGCCCUUUACAAACACCGGCAACUUACUCUAGCUCUGCAUCUGAAGUCUAACCAAGGGAUCACUGGGAACGCUUGCCUGACUGACGCGAUAAACUUAACCUUACCGCUAUUGCCAGCUGCAGACUCGACUAAGAAGAUGUGCUGGAGAUUUUCACAUCGUGUUGUUUGUGUGCUUCCUGGACCUCUUCUUAGAAAAUGGCAUUGCACCUUAAAUAGGAGUUUGAUGGCUUCUCACUUCAAGAAAAGAUGGUUUUACAGUCAAGGGCAAAUGUCAUCUGGUGAAGGAAAUGAAGAUAAGUUAUCAAGCAACCAUCUUGUUAGGAAUCAGACUAAACAAAUAUUCCAGCCUGGGUUGUUUCACAUUAAUAUGUCAUUGCCUGAACCCAUCAAGCAAGUGAACAAAGUGAAUGCAACAAAGACUGGAGGUGAGCAAUCCAGAAAACGUUCUUAUAUCAAUUAUGGGAUGCAUUUAGAUCCAGUUAUCUUCAGACAAUUGCCUCAGGGAUGGGUGCUGGAGAAAAAUGGUUCAAAGAAGGAGAUUUUCCAUCCCAAGCUCACUCCCAGACAUUUUUACAGGGAGGCCGACGAAUACAGUGAGACAGCUGUCAUCUACCCACAGGUUGCAAGAGCAGACAUGGGUGAAGACAUUCACACAAUGAAUGCAAAAAUCUUUCCGGAUCAGUUUCAUCUUGGAACUGGUACCGGCAAGGAAGACUUGAAGCAACUUCUAGAAUCCUUUCUGAAGUGCAGUGAUGAUGUCCUCUUAGGAUUGGCCGAUGACAAUAGAUUUGCUGACUUAACUGAGUUUCUUGGCCACCAGUGCUCGGAGCUAGGGACCAAUGAAUUUGUUAAAGUUCUGGUUUUGUUUGCAAGAGUUCAGAUCCGCACCAGUACCCUGGCUCUGCGGCUAUUUGAGACGGAAUGUGAAAAGAGAUACCCGGAUUGGAAUGUCCACACAUCCUUAUUGGUUUGUGAUGCUUGGAGGCUUAUUGGUCUGAAAGUGAAAUCAUUGAACACCAAGAUUUUUGGUCAGAUUGAAUCGCAAUCAGAUAAACUGACAAAGUACCAAGUGGUCCAGUUGAUGUAUUUGAUCGGGGAAAAUGGCCAUUGCCACAGAAAAUUACUUGAUAGUCUUCAGCAGCUUGUUCUGGAGAACUUGGACUCCUUGACCCUGACACAGCUUGGAGCUGUCUGCCAAGGCUUCUUCAAAUCUAAGACAAAUUUGAAGUCAUCCUUGGUCAGUGGCCUUGCUAAGAGGAUACACUCCGAGCAGUUUGAUUCAGUCCACAGUUUCUACCUUGUUGGCAUCUUAAAGGUGUUGCGGCAAGCCUACUUUGGUCAUAGAAGCCUCUUCGGUCAUAUCAGUCAGGAAAUCAGUCCACGUCUUCCUGAGUUUCCCAUCUCUGCUAUCAUGCAUGUGCUUCUCACUUUUGCCACACUGCACAUCCAUCACGACAGACUUUUAGAGGCAGGUUCACAAGUCCUCUUUCAGCGCUCCCAGGAGUGCCGUUGCAAAGAUGUCUCCAAAUUUCUGUGGUCCUUUGCUACACUCAAUUACCACCCUGAAGAUUCAGAAAGAUUCUUUACAAGACUAUUGGAGCGGAUGGUUGAACUCCUUGAGGAAUAUGAGGAUUUUCCCGUGUUUCUUGUCUCUGGUCUUCUGUCGUUGGCUUACCUCAACAUUUAUCCAGCUGAGCUGCUGAACCUGGUCUUCAGUCCAAUGUUUCUCCAUAAGAUAGAAGAAUAUGCAAGGAGGUCUCAUAUUGAUCCAGUCAGAGACUUGUUCCUGUUGCAUUCUUCAGUUAAGAUUGAAUGUCCCGACUACCAAGGCAACCGUCUGAGCAAGGAUUUUUUCUUGAGAAAACCGUUGUCUCCCAAAAUGUUUGGUAGUCUUCAAUAUGAGCUUUCUAGGCGUCCAUUGCUAGCAGAAGUUUCCUCAUCUCUUGCAUCCAUUCUCGGUGGAGAGCAGUACAUCAAGCUUGGUUUUACUCUGCCACAUAUGAAAUCAGCUGAUAUUGAAAUUCAUCUGGACUCAGACAACAAUCCCAUAGCAGCUAGAAAAUUUAUAAACCUUGCACCGUCGUCAUCGCAGUUGUCAAGAGAGAAAGUUGUGCCACUCGACCCCUCCAUUAUCAACAAUUUGUCUGGGAUAAAUAUUGGGAGACUGAGACCCCCAACAGGAAAUAGAACUGCAUCCAGCACCCCCACCAAAAUAAGAAUAGCCUCCGAAGAUGAAAAACCCCAAGACAAUAGGGAGCAAGAUACAGCAGACAGGAGAAAUUGGAAUUCAGUAGAGUCUGACAUUCCAUCUGACGGGACGCUUGCAGUGGACAGAUUGGUGUUGGACAGAGCAGCUUUGUUUGCACAAAAGAAAGUUCAUCCUGAUUGGUCAUCAAGAUUUGAUGUUCCUGGGCCACUGAGUAAAGAUCUACAAGGAAACAGAUUAGCCAUAUUAAUCUGGUCCCGUAAUCACUUCCACUUCAAUGGCAAGAAGUUGCUAGGUCUGCAUUCCAUGAAGAAGCGACAACUUAUGAAGCUGGGAUACAAGACUGUCGAUAUUCCGUUCUUUGAAUGGGACAAGUUGACUGGAUCUCAGGAGAGGGAAGACUAUAUCAGACAGAAAGUAUUCCCUGGCAAGCUGGACAUCAAAUCUUAAAAAGGUAUCUCCUUGCCGUCUUCAUCUUUUUCCAUUGUCAUGGAUGAGGGGUUCUCCUCUAGUUGUUGGAACAUGUCUGUCAGCUCUUCAGUCAUCCUACCUUCCUGUUUCACCUCCUCUGCAUACUGCUGUAGUUGCUCUUCCCCUGCUUCCCGGUAACACACUACUCAAGAGAUGACACAGAAACCCUCCAACGUUCUCACCAAGUAAAGUUUUUAUAUUUUGCUUCUGUAGCAGAGAGUUUGCCUGAAUUAUUAGGAAUAUCAGUUUUGUGUGCUAGAUCUCAGGCCUGGGAAAAGACACCUUACUUGUAAAUGUAGGUAGCCCUAUUCGUACAUGUAAUUCAACACAGUAUUUUGGAGGUCAAAGUUGAGUUCACACUUGAGUCAAAUUUAUUAUUCAACUUAUGGAUGUAAAUCACUGUCUGUUAAUAAUUGUUAACAAUUAUUCAGAAGCAUGAUGUAUCAUUUCAUUUCAUUUAAUGCAUUGUCCUUGUAAUGCUUAUAUUGUAUCAG